AUGGACAAAUUCGUUGACGAGCGUAUCAAUGGUGGAUACGAUUUGAAGGGCUCUAAGGCGGACACGACCGUCUCUGGUCCGAAGUGGAAAUGGGGCAAGAACCCAGAAGGUUACGUGCUUCCGUUGGCAGUACCCGGUGAACAAUUGCCAUCGCGAUCGGCGGGGUUCGAAGAGGCCGUGGAAGCCCCUAGAUUGGAUAUUGUGCCUCCCGAGAGAACAACUACGACGGUCACCGAGAACGAGAAGAACGAGACAGAGGAGAUCUCAGUACCGAUCAGCGUUCAGACAGUGGAUCGUGUCAUCCUUGAGGGCCUCGAGGAAACUGUCAGAAUCGAGAGAACACAGCAGUUCAUGCCAGUUGCCAUGAAACAGGAUUUGCUGCGCAGAGCGGGGAAUUUCGAAGCCAGCAAGCUCUACAAGGGAUACAAGCAAGAGUAUGGGAACAUGUCGAUCGCUGCCUCGACCGAAACGGAGGGUGAUCUGCUUAUGAAGCUCGCUGCCAUCAGAGAGCUUAUGGGCGAGCGAACGGACCCGGCCACACCUGCCGCAUCGCGUAGGAAGGGCGAGGCCUCGGACGCUUCCGCUUCGCACAUAGUAAGAGAAAAGCUUGAAGAAGGCGUACGCCUCGGCGAUACGGGCGACAGCAGUCGCGAGAUCCUCGGUCCAAAGUUGCAUAUGGCCGUCGGGAAGCGCACCUUUCAACGCACGCGCCGCGCCGAGGUACUGGGAAGCAUCGAAAGCUUCAGCAAUUCCCGCAUGGAAGCGGGUGUCCGGCAGCUCAGGCCCGUGCCCGUAGGCCUGUCGAGUUUUUAUGCAGACCAGAUCAUCGCGCACACGUAA